GCGCCUGGAUUGCUCUGGGCAUUGGAUUAGCAUGUUUCUUCACCGCAGUUAGUGUUACACUCCUGUGCUUCUUCUAUAGAUGGUAAGAUGUAAUUAUUUUUUCAUUUCAAACAAAUAUACUAAAUAUCAGUGAAUAUGGCAUUUGUUGAAUAAUUUUGCAAGGCAAACAGUUUUGUAUAGCUUAUAUACUAUGCGCAUGUUUAAUACCUAAUACUAAUUUCUGGUUGUAUGCUAAGAACCACAAUGUACAAACAUUGCCAUGCUUCUUACAGGGUUCGCAUUGCAUUGUCCAUGGCCCAGGAACACUCCAACAUUAGAAAUAAAUAUGUUUAUGAUUAAGGCUCCUUGGAGAGUUUCUGACAGGUCCUGGCUUAAUAAAUACAUAUUUGCAUAUUUUGCCUACACGGAGAAACAGACAAUCGCAGCCGUAAAAAUUACUUGUGUAAUCAGGAAAUUAUAGGAUAUAAUUGUCACACACCAUAUGAUUCCUUCUGUGUUUUCUUUUUUUUUCUUUUUAUAAAUUCAUCUUUAUUUAAUUUUCUAAAAACAAAAAGCAAUUAAGACAUAAUUUUUAUGUUUGUAAGCAUAAGUGAAUGUGGAUAUCUUAUAUAUGGAAAUAAAAUAAAUAUAUAUAGUAAAUAUACCCUUAGAUUCUCUUGUAAAUAGAAAAAGAUUUUUAAAAAAACAUGAAGAGGCCUUCAUCAGAAUGUAAACUACAGAUGUCUAGAGAAGAAUAAAAAAAAUAAAAUAAAAAAGUAUAUAUAUAUAUAUAUACAUCCUUGGGGAAGAAGAGAGAGGGAUAAGCUUGAUCCCAAAUAUACCGCAAAUGUGCAAUGUGCAAAAGGCCCUUUUUCUAAGCCUUGGGUGUAGUUAAUGCUGUUCCAUUUUUUUAGCCAAUUAUCCCAUAGACUGUUAGUGCGAGCCUUAAUAUUGGCUGGAGUUAAAAUACCUCUUUCCAUUUUUAAUUGGUAGUUGAGUUGAGUUUUAAUUGCAUACCAGUCAGGAAGGAUUUGGCUUUUCCAGUUUCUUGCUAUUACACUUUUAACUGCUGUAAGAACAUGUAAGAGUAAUUUUAAAUUUUUUUUAUUUUGUUUUGGGGGAGGUAAAGAUGCAAAAGCGCCAGUUCUGGACUAAAGAGUAUAUUACACCCCAGCAUUUUGUCCAGUUUAUUUUGAAUCUCCUGUUUUUGCUUUUCUAAUGAGAAUGUUGGGAUUUUAACUCAUGUUUGUUACACAACAUUUUUUGUAUUUUAAAAUUGUUUAUUUAAUCUUUCCUCUGCCCCCCCCUCCCAAACAUCCCUCCCAAUGUCAUUCUCAUUCUGUCCUGUCUAUAAUAAAAAUAACAAUAGCAAUAAUAAUGAUAACGAUAUGUCCUAAUAAACAAUAACAUUCUUUUGCAUACAUUUUUUAAUUGGUGCUAUUGGCAAGCAUUCUCUAUUAUACAAGACUUGAUAUUAUUUGACGUUUUCAUAUCUAGCAAAUAAAUAGCUUAAUUAGUUUUAUAUGACUCUAUUUAUUGUGAUAGUCAUGGAGGUAAGCAUGUACAGUGAAUAAACUGUCAACAAUUUGCUAAAUAAUUUUGGCAUGGAAUUGCUUGAUCCUUAUGAGUACUAACUGAGGUCUUGUCAGGAAUCCGGGAACCAGAACACACAGACAGAAGCACAAACAAGAAUGUUUGUAAUAGUGGUCCUUAUGGCUGGGUUAUACAAAUAAGCAGAGUCAGAAUACAAGCCAAGGUCAGAGGAUUACAGAGGUAAGGAAUAACGAUUAAACAAGCCGAGGUCAAGGAUAAGAGAGAGCAGAAUAAACGAGAGGAAAAAGCCAAUCAAGGUACCAAACAACUAAACAGAAGGAAUGCACUAUUUGGCUACCAAGAAACCACAACAGGCCAACAAGGAAUGGGAGAGGUAAGUAUAAAUAGGCAUCACUUACAUCUGAUUGGUCAGUUUCUGCUUGAAAUUGACCUCUAUUCGUGGAAAGUACUUGACCUUUCUAAUCUGACCUCUGACGUCAUUUUUAUGCGCCAAAUUCGGUCUACAUAUUUUAGUAUAUACAAUAUAUUCAACAGGGAGCUGAGUCAAGGACAAGGGGACCAGACCCCAAGACUGACAGGGGAGAUCAAAGAAUCUCUCCUGCUCGACCCUGCAGUGGCAACCCAGCCUAAUGCUUUGUGUGAGAAGUGAGACAGUAAACUUGGUCUGUAAACACCUCUAGUUGGUGCAGACCAAGUUUUCUGCUCCUCCCACUGUAUCAGAGAGUUGCCACAGGUUACCACGUCAGUGCUCUGAUACUGUCCCUUAUGCCGGAAGAAAAAUUCUGCACCAACUGGGAUCCACAGAAUUCCCCACUCCCUGGCCAAGGUAAGCCACAGGAAGUGGGACAUCACUUUAAAUGCUUUUAUCCCCCAUACACUGCAGGCUCUAUUCUCCCACACACUAGAGGCUCUAUUCUCCCACAUACUACAGGCCCUAUUCUUUUACACAUUACACUAUCUAUUCCCACAUGUGUUAACACACCUAUACUUCCAUAUACAACAGCCACAAAUCUCCUCCAUACACACUACAACUCCUACACACUACAACGUAUUGUAGCAUCCUUUAGAGUAUCGUGCCCCAUCUAAUCCACACAAUACAGCCUCACGUGGAAUCCCCAUGCAGAAUCCCAGAAGCAGAAGCCCCACACAGAUCCAUAAUCUGUCUCCUCCUAGGUAGUCUACUCCACAAAUGCAAUCCCACAAGCAACCUUCAAAUGCAUACAAAACUAUAGGCAACCUCCCCUUCACCCUCUCUAAACCCUGUCUUUCUGGUAUUCUAUUUAAGGGGACGCCAGAGACAAGUCACCAGGAAAUGCAGAUCAUUAAGUUUACUUGCACUGCGCUAAACACUGAAAUGUUUACUUUGGAAGUGUUAGGCCAGGGGUUCUCAACCCAGUCCUCGGGACCCCCUACCAGUCCAGGAUUUGGGGAUUACCUGGGUGUGUCUCAGGUGUUUAGAAAAAGGGAAAAAAACACCUUAGACUCUAAGGUGUUUUUUUUUUCUUUUUCUAAACACCUUAGACACACCCAGGUAAUCCCUAAACCCUGGACUGGUAGGGGGUCCUGAGGACUAACGCUGAGAACCCCUGUGUUAGGCUAUGGGGAACCAUGGGGAAUAUGAUAUAUAAAAUGCAUAAAAACCCAUGUUUUGAAUUAAAUAAAACUGUGUUUAAAAAGCAUUCCAUUGCUAAUAAAUGCCUUAGAAAUGCAGAGGGAAGGUUAAAACAUGCUAUUGGUGCUAAUUUAUAAAUAUUAAAUAUUAAUACGCCCAGUAGAGAAAUUUGGGAAUAGUUUUAGAAACAUUAUUUUUCUGAAUUUCUGUGCCUAAGGUGAACUUCCCGAAGCCCAAUUCGACAUGUGAAGUGGUGCCCUAUAAUAAUGUUUCUAUCUGUAUCAUAUUGUGACACAUAGUUAUAUAAAUAGAUAUAAAUAACGCAUUUCACAAUAUACCAGCAAUGGUUAUUUAUAAUUGCGAAAAAUACUCAUUUUAAAACAAAAUUAUUAUUUAUCUUUAAAACAAAGAAGACAAAAAAUAGUAUAUUUGGGUCUAUUUGUUAACUUGGCACAUGCUAACUUAGAUUUCAUCCUCUGUGAUUGACACCGUCAUUAGUUCCCUAGCUGCCUGUGCUUUCUCAAUGUGUAACUUAGCUAUGUACGUUCAUUUUUCUUAUUAAUGCUGUCCAUCAAUACAUGUCAGUUUGUGUGUGUGUUUAUCAAUCCAUUGCCUUUUAGGAUAGCAGUAAAAUAUUUACUGUAUUGUAGCAUCAAUUUACCUUAAAAGCUGAUUUAAAUAAAUACAUUUAAAAUGAUCUAUUUCUCUACAUUAGCGCAUAUAAAAAAGUGAAUGCUCUUUCAGAAAAAUUAGCAAACUAUCUAUCUAUCUAUCUAUCUAUGUAUCUGUCUGUCUGUCUGUCUGCCUGUCUAUCUAUCUAUCUAUCUAUCUAUCUAUAUAUAUAUGUAGAAACUCAUAUAUUUAUUGAUUGUCAAACAACUUACUUACAGUAUUCUACUGAAAAUUGACUAAUAACAUAAAACUCUAAUUUUAUGAUAUAUGUUAUGAUAACUUUUGAUAUAUUUGGGAAUAUUAAAUUGAGGGUGUGACAUGUCAUGAUUCCCUUUUAUUUCAGAAGUUUUGUUCUUAAGGGAUUAAAGAAAUCCAGUUAUGGUUUACCACAAUUUAUUAAAAUUUACUAAUAAAAACACAGAUCUAUCAUAAAAAGUAUAAAAUGUGAAAUGCAUAUAUUCAAUAUACAAAUAUUCAAUAUUCAAAGGGUACACUGAGUUGUAUAGUGGCAACUGUCUACUAAAUGGGUAUGACUAUGGCCACUAUAAAAUGUAAUGUUCACUAUUGAAGGCUGUGAUUAGAGCAAAUGGGACCUCUUAGCAUUAAACAAAUACAAUAUUGCACAAAAAUAGUUACUAUAUCAGGUAUAGGGAACCUUUGGCACUCCAGAUGUUUUGGACUACACCACCCAUAAUAAUUUGUCAGUAUUAUGGGUGUAAGAACACUAUGUUGGGUGUAGUCCACAACAUUUGGAGUGUCAAAGAUUGCCUACCCCUGUACUGUACUAUAUGGUAAAAAACACGGAAAAGAACGAUGUGUCAAAAAUCAGAGCUAGAUAAAUCAAAAUAGGCAGGCCCCCUUUUCCCUGGAUAUACAAACAGAAAUUUAUGAGCUGAAUUAUCUAUUUUCCCCCAAAACUAUAUUUAAUAAUAAUAUUGUCCUGAAUAUGUGAUUAUGUAGAUCCCAAAUAAUAAUAAUUUAAAAGAACUGACGUUUUCCUGUUUCUCUACACAAGCCAACACAGGCAUAGAAUAUUUAUCAAUUAUGAAAGAAAAAGAUUAGCGUUCAGAUUAGCAUUCAGACCCAUAUUCUUGUGGAACUUGGCUGAGGAUAUUUAUGCCCCCGUUUGUGACAAAGCCAGGCCACAAAGUCCCUUGAUCAUAUGCUGGCUAACAUGCUAUUGUUGCUGCGUUAGAACUGGGAAACGCAGAUUUGAGGUCCCACCUCACCAAUAAGUGUCCUUAUGUGUAGUGAUAUAUAUCUGCCUAUCUCAAAUCCUUCUAGAUUUUAAGCUACUUUGAUCAUUGUCUUCUUUACCUCUUAAUAUCCCCUUUCUAUAAUUAUAAAGUGAUGCAGAAUAGAUUGGUGCCAUAUAAAUAUUAUAAUAAUAAUUCACAGUCAGUUUCCUAGGUAUCCACAAAUCACCAACACUUCUCAGUACAUAGUCUACUCCUAAUGGUAAUACAAACUUAUUGGCGCAGACCAAUUAAAAUGAGGAAUGUUUUGGUUAAAAAAAAAGCGUUAUCAGACUUAUUAUAUGAUAUAUAUGUCACCCCCCCAUAAAUACUUGUCUACAAAGAUGUGGCUAUUGGCUCUUUCCUACUGACAUCAUUGUCAAGUACUAUGUUUCUGUAUGAUUACACUAGUUAAUUUUUAAAGAGUACAUUCAUAUUGUUAAAAAAAAAAUGGCUUAAUUGAAUGCGUUGCAAUUUACUCAAAGACUUUUGAUAUUUUUUCAAAUUUAGGAACAGCUAUAGCUUAAUGACUAGCAAUCGGUUACUCCAAGAGGCACAACCAAGUCUUCAGACAAGAUUGUAUUAUGUUUAUGAGCAAAAGUGGAUAUGUUACUAGGACAAAUGUAUCCACUUUAGCUCACAAAAUUAUUACAAUCUAUAAAAAAUUUUGAUUAAUUUAGGGUGUUUAUCACAUGCUCCCUACAUGUUACUGUUACCCAACUCAAUGGGUCUUAUAAUGUUGACCUCCAAGAAAAUAUACACUGAAGUGACUCUGUUGGGAUUAGCUCCUGUAAACCUGAGUUAUGUAGAAAGACUACAAAUGCGACUUUAGCAAGCCACAGGCACUAUUACUAUAGUUAUUAUUUGUUUGAUAAUACACUGUAUUUUGCUUGAAUGAAUAAACCAGAAAUUAUGUCUUCAGAUGUUUUCAAAUUGUACGGAAAAAUAAACCCCUGGGUGUUUAAUUCAAGUGUGGAUUAUUAUUAGUUACAAUAACUAAUAUUAUCAUUAUUAGAAUUCUGCAAAUGUUAUUCUUCAUUCCAAAUGGAUUUUUUCAAUCACCCAUUUGCAGAAUCUUUUAAUGUAUCUAGAGUGCAUAUUGUGUUGUAGAAGGCAAUAGAAUAUUCUGUUCACGUAUACAAGUGGUACUUUUAGCUUUGGUUGUGCCUCAUUAGUUUGCCUUGUCAAACUGCCUCAGAGGGUAGGUGAAUUUCUAUAUUGUUUUAUAGACUUCAGCUCGGAGGCAGUUUGACAAAGUACACUAAUGAGGCAAAACCUAUAUAAAAGAACCACUAUUACAUGCAAACAGAGUUUUAUGGCUAAAGCCCCAAACACACGAUUUGGAAGGAACAGCUAAAGAGAGGACCAGUGAGCAUAAUAUUUUAGCAUACAAAUAUGCUGCAAGCAUUCAGUCAAAAUAGCAAGAAAGGGAAUUGAUGGUGAUAGAAAUAUAAUUAAAACCAGUCACAUUAGCUACACCUAUAAUAAUGUGCAAAUGUAAAAAUCUCAGUAUCUCUUUGUAUAGAGGUGAGAAGAAUAUAUAAAUGUUUAUUUAAAUCUAGAUUUCAUGAUAUUGACGUCAUAACAUUUUAUUUGGAUAAAAAUUGGGACCUCUAUGGAAAUAUGCCACUAGAAUUAAUAUAUUAUAUAUAUAUAUAUAUAUAUAUAUAUAUAUAUAUUUACAUACAGUAGAUUGAUUCAAAAUAGCAAUGUUUAAAUAGCAUCAGGCUCCAUACUGAAUCACAGUGUGAAAACUGAAUGCCCCCCUCCCCCGUCAGAAUUAAAAAAUUUGGUUUUCAUUUGGUUUGCCUUCAUUUUCAUAAACCUUAUCCAGUGGAAUCCAGCGUGAUAUUGAUUGGAUUUUGACUGCCAGUUGAUCCCGUACUCUUUCAUCUCUCCUCCCAAGUAUUGAUAAAAGGCACAUCGGCAGUGUUAGCAAAAAAGGGUAGUCCACCCCUCCCCACCCUCACUACAUUUACACACAAUAAAAGGUGGCCAUUCAUUAAGACAAGCAUCCAAGUGAGUCAUGUGUCUGUAGGCAGAUGACUGCUCUACUGUGUGAUGUGUGAUGUGGUUAGAUUUACCUUGGGUAUGUAAAUGAUACAUAACAUCAUAUUUCAAAGUCUAAUUAAAUCAAUGGGUAAAAUGUGUUACUUUUUGAUCUUGCCACAACUUUAAUAGUAGCUGCAAAGCAGGUGUCCACCACUACGCUAGAGCUGCUCAAAGCAGAGGACACUGUGUGGGUCUUUUCAGUCCUUUUCGAUCAUAACUUGAGAAAUCAGAAAGGAGCAGAGAUAUAAAAGUGUGAUUAAUAAGAGAGAAAGCUGAAUGUUGGAUGGAAUCCUCAAAACUGACUUGUGCUCUGUGUUCUAUUAGAUGUUCUACGUAUGAUGUCUCCACUUUGGGAUAUGUUAGUGAUGCUUGAAAGUUGUUUUUUUUUCAUAAAUAAAAUUGUAUUCUUUUCCUCCUUAGUAACAACCAUUUACAAGCCUUGGUCACAAUUAAUGUUUUUUCCUAUAUGUGUUUUCUAACAGGAAACCUAAAAGAGAUAUUGCAAAAGGCUUUUCCAAUCCCGUUUAUGGAGAAAACAUGGUAAAGUCACAGGAAGAG